AUGGCAGGUAGAGCACACAAAUUGAAAUUUGAAAGGGAUGUUGCACUGGCACGUUGUCUACUGAUUUACGGUACUAAUAUCCAGGCGUCUAUCGGACAGACCCCAUCCUUUAUGACGACAGGCCAGGGGAUGCGACUACCUUCCGAUACAACCCUACCUAUCUCGGCUCCGGAGGCGUUGUAUUCUUCAGUGUUCGUGCGACGCAUGCAGGCCGGUCUCGUUCGCAGUCAUGAACUGGCUCGACAACGCUUGCGUGCCGCACAGAGAUGCCAGAAAGGGUACUACGAUAAAGCUGCGCAAGAUAUGUUGUUCAACCUUGGCGACUGGGUUUGGUUGUACGAACCCGUUCCGCCUACUGGUACACCGGCUAAGUUCCAUGGAGCUUGGAAGGGACCGUAUACGAUAGACCAAGCCGUCACCGACGUAACCUACCGACUUAUCCACCCUGGGAAGUCAAACUGGUCAACCGCAGUGAAUGUCAACCGUCUCCUGUCGGCACAGCUGAUAUCUGACAGCGCUGUGGACAGUGCCUGCUGCGAGAGGGCCUGUGUAAUGUGCCGACAGAUGUCAAAUUGCGCGCCAUCGUUAAUCACAAUCUCUUUUGUCUACUUUCAGAAGCGGCGGUGGUAA